GACAGAGUGCAACACUUCACCUCUGACUCUGUCUCACUGACCUGUGAGGGAAACUUCACUGAGUGGAGAGUGAUGAAGUUCUCUGAGGACGGCCGACUGUACUCUGACUGUAGGAGAAUGACUGGAUCCACAUGUAACAUCAACACAUCAAAGUCAGAUACUGCAGUGUACUGGUGUGAGUCUGGAUCAGGAGAGUUCAGCAGUGCAGUCAACAUCACUGUACAGAAUGAUGGUAAUGGUCCUAUCCUGGUGAGUCCUGUUCAUCCUGUGACUGAGGGAGCUUCUGUUAGUCUGAGCUGCAGUUUGAGAACACAAAAAAUACUUUCCAAUGUGUUUUUCUAUCACAAUGACAAACUUGUUCAAAAUGAUACCCGAGGGGAGCUGAAGAUCUCUGCAGUGUCAAAGUCUGAUGAAGGUUUCUACAAGUGUCAGUACUCAGGAAGAGAGUCAGCACAGAGCUGGAUGUCAGUUAAAGUAACUGUAUCAGGAGCUGACAGCUCUUCAUCUCCUGUGUGGUUGAUUGUUGGACUGGUUUGUGGAGUCUCUCUCAUUAUUAUUCUCCUGCUCUUGUUGUAUCGCUGCAGACAGUCCAAGUAUUCCUGCUUCACCAGGUCGAUCCAGUCUGAGAGUCACAGUCCGGGCUCCUCCACAAAUCAUGGAGUCAACCAGAAUGAAACUCAUGAAUACAACUCUCUUCAUCCUGGUGCAGAUGAACCCCGAGACGUCACAUACUCUCUGAUUACACUUCAAAACUUUGGAAAGAAGAGGAAGCAUCAUAAACCAGAGCAGAGUGCUGUUUACUCUGAGGUGAAGACGGGAGCUGCAGAGGACAGUCUGAUGUAUGCUGAGGUCAAACAGCCCAAAAAAGAAAAAGCCAAGAAAAACAAAGGAAAAUCAAGUCCUGCAGCUGAUGCAGCAGUUUAUUCUGAAGUCACAUCAGGAAGCUCUCUCAGUAAUUCUGCUGCCAUGCAGGCUGAUUUAUUCUUCACAUUAUUAAAUGUCUUCAGCUCAUAAUAUCUUUACAUGUUGGAAAUCACUUUGUCUUUUUGUGCUUGUC